UUUGGAUGUUAUUCAGACGGUUUAUGGCCUAUUGCAUGCUGUGUACAUAUAUAUAUAUAUACCAACGCAUGCGAAAUGGUUUCGGCUGGAGAGGUGAUCUGACCCAUGGAAUCAAUUGCCAGUGAUCAAUGCAAUAUCGAUUCGAUAAACUGUAAUGAUCUAUAUCUAAGCCUUAAUUCGGUAAGUUUUUCCUUACUCAAUAUGUACUCGAUUUGUUUGAAAAACCACUUUCUUAUCCAUGUCAUAAUCUACAUUUCGCAUGUCUCCAGCCAGCUGGAGUCAUAGCCAUGAUACAGGUACAGUCCCACCGCGAGCUCAGGCAGGCAAAUGGCAUGGCAUGGCAUGCUAGUAUCGUAUGAAAGAGCUUUGCACACGAAAAGCAAGAUCCAUAGGGCCUGUAACACAAAGCUUAGCAAUGAUUGUAGAACACUUUUCUACGUUUGAUUGUAUUGACUGUAAUGUACAAUCAAUCUAGACAAUCGAAUCUAUGAUUAAUCGUUAACUUUUGAGUUACCCGACUCUAAUCUCGCGUUGUAGAGGUUUGCGAAAGGUGGCUAAUAUCGGGAGGGAUUCAGCAACAUUCCGGAGGAAACCAGCAGAUAUCGGCUCGUUUUGAAAUGUUCAAAACCAGCUGAGUACCCUUCAAAAUGCUCCCGAAUGCAGUCACAACAAAUUUAAUUCGGGCAACAUUCGGGGUGUAUUCGAAUGAUAAUGGGUUGGAUUAGGGGAGGCAUUCGGAGUAUUUUGGCAAGAUUGGGACCUUUUCGUAUCAUUCGGGCAGUAACGGUCCGGGCUCGGCGCAUACGGCCAUAUUCGUUCCGAUUCGGGUCACCAUGCGGAUGGCCAUUCGGCUGUAAUCGGAGCGAUCGGGCCACAUUUGAGUCGGUUCUGGCCACCUUUGCCUCAAUUCUUGACAAAACUCGGUUGGAAUUCGGCUUUUUUCGGGAUGGCCAAAAUCUAUUCGGGUCAAUUCUUUGUGGGUCUGCAGUGCAUCGGGACCUAUUCGGGACCCAUUUUGUCUCUAUUCUGAUAGCUCUCCGAAUCACAGACGAAUAAGUUCCGAAGCCAUCCUAACCAUGCCAUAUUUGGACAGAAUCAGUCCGAAUUUAUUCGAGAGAAUUUGGUUUUGGUGUAAACAUAACUUAAAUUCCACUUUUAGUUUGAUAUAGCCUAAUUCUAGCCAUGUCUAUUUGAAAUAUAUCUGGACUGCAAAAUGCCCCGGUAUUAAUUUAACACCAGCCCGGUAUCUAAAUCGGAAAACACCAGUUUAGAAUUAAAUCUAUAUUAUUUCAACAGUAAUUGGCGUUGCUUAAAUGUCUUUCUGGUGUUAGCCUAACGCCAGUCUGGUUCUGUUUAAAAACGUAUCUGAUGUUUCUUAUAUACAUGUAGAUACCGGGCUGGAGUUAAAUUUCUGUUAACACCGGCAUUUUUAGUAUGAUGUAAAUCUGAGAGCCGUUUGGAGAGAACUUCUUGUAAAUUGCACAGAUGCAAGCCAUUGCUCUUAAAUAAGAUUUCGUUGUACCAUAUAUCUUUAACCUUUUUCUUGUUCAGAUAAUGGCCUCCAGGAUGGAUCGCUGGUUUAAUAUUUUCUUGCCUUCACUUCAAACGGAGCUGUUGUUUUUUGUGUCCGCCAUGCUAACACUAUCUUUAGUAAAACUUGGAUCUGCAUCAGAUGUGGACUCGAUUGAACGAAUGACUUUAAUUGCUGAUGAAGCUGGUAAUAUACCAUUCGAACUCCACUGGGACAUUGAUGAAAGUCUCGAAGUACACCCUUACUUUACUAUUCACUUAAACUCACUGGAACGCCCUUUUAACGUAAAUGGACAAAAUGAUCCGCUUGGGUUUAUGAGCGAAUCUCAAGCCAUGAGAUUUACAGUUACAAAAACUGAUUCGAGAAGAGGUUUUAUUGCAGUAAAUAUACAUAUAACUAAUGUCCAGAUUUCGGACGCUGCUGUGUAUAUAUUCAAAUUGAUUUUGUUUGAUCACCCGCAUAACUUCCACAGAACGUUGAGGAAAGAGGUAGAAGUUUUCAUUCCCCGUGGUCGUGCAACGUGUAAAAUUAGAAAUAGUGCUUACUCAUCCCAUUUGCGUGAGGUACACUGCAAAGCUGAUACAAGAGGACAUAAUACCACCAUAACGUGUUUUCAAAACGGAAUGAAGGCCCCUUAUAAAUGUCGUCAUCAAAAAUCAAACCAACAUGAUAUGUCACAUACACAUACUCAUCGGACAUUUUGGUUGAGUAAAUUUGGUGAUGUCUCGUGUUGUUCACACGAAACAAAAGUUAAUGUAAAUGAAAGUACUUGUGUUGAUUUUAGAGGAAAUUAUCAGUCAUAUGAAAAGCCUGUAAGUUCGAGUAGGCCUAGUAUGGUUCCUGAAAUCUCAUUUGAUCCCACAUCCAUGAAGCCCUACCUAGCACCAACAGAUUCGGGGUGUAGUAAACACGACGUAAAUUUUAUAUUCGAGUCAUUUCUUCUUGUAGCUACGAUCUAUAUUCUACAUGUAUCAACUUGCUCUCAUUCAUGUGUAAUAACCUAGUGUAAGAGUCAAUACAGGUAUUCCGCUGUUUUCUUUUUCGUUUCGUGGUCAAAUUAUCAUUGUAUUACUAUACAUCUCAAAUAUUCAUACCAUGUGAUACAUCACCCAAGUGAAAGCCAUUUACAACAUCAAAAGACAAAGGACAAUCAAUGGUGAUCACUGAAGUAAAGAUUUUAUUCAUGAUUAUUAUACAUAAUGAUUAUGUAACACGUGGUAUACUAAAAAAUAUGGACAAUUCGUCGGAAAAACGAAAGUUAUACUUCCGACGACCUCUACUAUAAAAUGAUUAAAAUCGUUUACUGAUGGUUUAUAAUGAUAUCAUUUUUUUUCUACUGUUUGACUCAGAUGAUAAAUUAUGUCUUGUUUUGAUAGAAAUAUGACGCAUGACCAUGCCAUAUUAACACAUUUCAACGUCUUCCAAAUGUAAUUAGUUGCUUAAAAGAACUAUAAUUAUGAAAUAUAAUAUGGCAUUUAUGUAAACAGUGCUUUUCAAUUGAAAAUCAAUAUUAUCCUACCCAUUUCACUAAUAUAUCUUUGAUUUUAUUACGUACAUGCAUCUACCUCGUAUUGUUUUUAAAUAUUGUGAUAUGAAAAAUAAAUACCAAUACCAACAUGAUUUGAGUGUUGUCGCACCUUGUAUGAGCGGAUGGUAUUAUUUGUGUAGUCAAUAAAAAAAUCAAGAAUAAAGAAAAUUGUAAAUAAUGAAUGUAUCUCAUGUAAAUAUUUGUAGAAAUGAUGGGAAGGAAAUGGGAAAUAUCUUAGUCAGUCUUUAUCCAAAUGGUUUACUAGGAAAUGGUCUAAUUCGAAGGUAAUAAUACUAAUAACAAUAAUAAUAAGCUCGUCUGACACCAACAUGUCUAAAUAGAGUUGGUCUACUACCUAUUGAGUAUAUCAACCAUUUGGUCAAAACAUGAAUUGGUCUAUCACUCACUUGGUCUAAUUGUCAUUUGGUCUAAUGUCCAGAUGGUAUAAUGACUUCGCGUACUUACUUUUUUUUGCACUUUGUCAAAUUGAAAUAAGGUUCAUAAACAGUUUACCUAACCAGCGGUGUUAGACCAAAUGGAUAUAGGAUGAAAUUGAUAUCGUCUUACUGGAAAUUAGACAAAUUGGCAAAGGGACGACAUAGCAAUUGCACAAAAGGCAUCAUAGACGAAGUGAAUGCUGACAC